ACUACGCUCUCGUCGCGUCUCACGAAUCUCCACCGAGAACGUUCUCGGUUCUUGCUGAUAUUCCGCUUCGUCCGCGGCAGGAAGGCGAGAGAGAGAGAGAGAGAGAGAGAGAGAAAGAGGGAGGGGGGAUAUCACACGCCUCGGGAGAGGACCUGGACAACGGAGCACCAAACGAUCGCUGGACGGUGGUGAGCAACGUGGUUUCGCUCCUUUCCGUCGCCUCCCGAGAGAGAAACCAACAACUAGAUUUCGAUCCUUCUAUCGGCGCAGGACACGUGCGAUUCGAUUUAUCGACAACUCGAGAAUGACAACGUGACUCCUUGAUCUUCGAUUGUGCGAGAACGGGAGAACGAGAUCUAUCGUUCGGCAACGAUCGGAGCGCGGUGACAAAACGGACUCUAGUCAAGAAAAGGAAAUCGAGAGCAAACGGUGGAAGCUGCUUGGUGUACGGUGUGUGUGCCGCUCGUCGCUCGAGAAAGGGACACGCGUUGUGUAUCGUCGAACAGGAGCGAGGAACGAUCGAAACCGUUACCCGAGCACGUGGUCGGUAGCACGAGGUGUAGAAAACGGGAGAAGCUUCCGCGAUGGGCCGUCCUGUGAGCCAUUGAGGAACGAUCUUUGAGUUAGCGGGGAUGUUCGUGCGGACGUUUCUCGAUGUCUCGUAUUCUCGUAAGGGCCACGUCACGCGCACACGUGGAAGGGCCUAAGGAGAGAAGAGGAAGAGUGAUCUCGAGUGUGAGGCUAGUGUGUUGUUGUAAAACGAGUGCUCCGCUGUACCAGGAUUUCUUCCGCCAUCUCUUACCCCCCGGUGCCGUCUGACUCUUUAUUUUUAUAUUCUCUCUCUUUCUCUUUUCCUCUUUUAUCUCUCUCUCUCUCUCUCUUUCUCUCUUUCUCUCUACCCUUGUGAGCACACGGCAAGUGGAAAAGUGUCACAAAUCAACGGGAAUGCAGAAACCGCUAACCACCCUCGGCUUCAAGGUCGUGGAAUGACGUAUAUGACUAUCCCAAGCGGAGAGAGCAGGAGCAAGGCCGAGUGACAGAGACAGUGUGAUGAGCGGAUACCUCGGUAGCAUCACCUUACCCCCGACGUUGCUGCACGACCCGAAGUAUCCUCCAGCCAUGCGGGAGAAGGAUUCGAGUCCGAGGAAGAUGCCGGGCCACAUAAGCCCGAAGCAAGCCAGCAUUUAUCCCCUGAGCGUCCGCGUGCCGGACGCCGAGGAGCUGCCGUACGACCUCAGCCACGGUCACGGCCGCGGCUUGUCGAGUCCGACGAAUCAGCAGCAGCAGCAGCAGCAGCUGCAGCAGCAGCAACAGCAACCGCACAUGAGUCCCGCGGCCAGACCACCCCAGCCGCACCAUCAGGACGACCUCGAUUGCGAGCCGCUCGAUCUGCGCGUCGAUCACAAGAAGGAGCGGCUCAGGGACGAAAACCAGAACGAGGUCGAGGUGCUGAAUCAGAACAGCCUGGGCGGCGGGCUGCCCUAUCACACGGUGCUCUUCAAUCAGCAUCACGCGAUGCACCCGCUGGUUCUCGAGGCGAUGUACAGGUCGCACCAUCACAGCACGCCGGUGCCCGAUCUACCAAAGAUCCAAGUGAGAGCGCUGCCCACGAUGGUGCCUCUGCCGUCCAGCAGAUUUUCCUCGACGACCUCGUCGACGACCUCCUCCUCGUCCUCCUCUUUGUCGCAGCCGACCGCGAGGACCUGCAGUCCGGCCGGCGUUCAGCAAGCUCAGCAGCAAAAUCACUCCUCGCAGCAGACGCAGCAGCAGGUGUCGCAGCAGCAGAGCGCGAGUCUGCCGCCCUACUCGAUCAGCGUGCAGGCCGGGCUCAAACCCAAGGAUCGAUACUCCUGCAAGUUCUGCGGCAAGGUGUUCCCGCGCUCGGCGAACCUGACGAGACACCUGAGGACGCACACCGGCGAGCAGCCGUACAAGUGUAAAUACUGCGAGAGGAGCUUCAGCAUCUCCAGCAACCUGCAGCGUCACGUGAGGAACAUCCACAACAAGGAGAAGCCUUUCAAGUGUUCGCUCUGCGAGAGGUGCUUCGGCCAGCAGACCAACCUCGACCGGCACCUGAAGAAGCACGACGCGGACGGGCCGACGAUACUGGACGACGGCAGGUAUCACGGCCAGCUGCCGCGCGCCGACGACUCCUACUUCGAGGAGAUUCGCAAUUUUAUGGGUAAGAUCACCUCGCAGCGCCAGAAUAUAUCGUACUUCCCCGGUCUGCUGGGCCACGCCGCCGACGACUUCAGGAGCGACAAGCAGCAGCUGCAGCUCGAGGAGAAGCGCGGCGACUCGUCGUACUUCAGCGACCGGGACAAUCUCAGCUCGAGGUCGAGCAGCACGGCCAGCAGACCGGAGAGCGUCCAGGGGGAGCAGAGGGACGCGAACUCGCCGCCGCUCUCCCCCGGCAAUAAUACCUGAGUCCCGGGGUUGCGCGGCCGCCAGCAUGGUAAUGUCCGUUGUGUCAGCUGCGACCAAUUAAGCUCACAGUUAAGAGAAGUUUUUUUGUCGAUUCGUUCAAGCGCGCCGGAGUCCGCGAACAAGGGGCAGCUUCGAUGUUCCGAGCCGCGUCGGGAUUGACCAAGAGCGAAAGUGUCUUGAAAAGGUUAAACCUCCGACCAUGCGAGAUUCCGCGACGGUAUCGUCACGAAGACACUGCCACGCUCUUGUGGUGACCUUAGAUCUAUAGUGCACGAAAUGAAACAUUCUUCGUAAGGACUCUCGUGAAUCGAGACAUAAAAACAUACUGAUGAAGGAAAAGCGUGAACGUCAAUUUUGAAAAAUCGGUGAUGAAUCCUUUGCUCAAGACGGCGAACGACAAUCAAGAAUAAAGUUUUCAUGGUAGGUAAAAAUCAUUGCGAUCUUUGAAAUGAAUUCGCCGAAAAAUUUCCACCGAAAGAUUCGAUCUGUUGUUAAGAAUUAAAAAUCGAAAACGUGCCUUGGAGAAAUGUGUGCCUAACUUCCGGGACGUACUGUCCUCUAAUCCUGAAGAGUGCGAUUCAAUCAGAUCGAUAUAAAGAGCCUUGAUAAUUAAAUUAGGUAAAUGAUUAACUUACUUUAAAUACUAGAUAAUUUUAGACUUAAACGCGUGCUUGAGCGAGACGGAAAGUCAUAGAGAAAUAGACGGAGUUGAUUGUAACUUAGAAAGCAAUUUGUGAAGACGAAAGAGAAGAAAAUAUCUCAGAGAUUUCCAAUUAGCUGGGAAGAUAUGGCUAUGAGAUGUUGCUUACGAAAAUUUGCUUUAAUUUGCUUUAAUUUUAUAAAUUAUGUUAUAUUGAUAUUUCGAAUUUUACGUAUAUUUUUAAAAUGUUAGAUUACGUGAAGAUUAUUCUCUAUAUAUUUUAUAUAUCUUUAAACAAAACAAAUUCGCAUUUGCGAUAGUAUAAAUUGACACGUCCUUUAAAUUUCUGUUUUAUCUCAUAUUUAUACCUUCUCUUUAUUCUCGAUGUUAAUUAUAAAGAGUAUUUUAUCGAUUUUACAAUUUCCACAAAUCGUCGAAUUAUAGAAUCAGGAAACGAGAUAAUAUGCAUAAUCUAGACUUGCAGGUUGUCGCAAUUUUCUUAUUUAUUUAUCGAAAAUUGUAAUACACGCAUUGUGCAAUUAUUGUUCUACAGAAAAUUGAAUCGAAUCUACAAUACGAAAUGUUAUAUUAAUAUCGUGUAAAAGUAUAAAUUACAUCAGCUGGUCAGUGCAAUUCGCAAAUGUUAAGAAAGUAAAGUCCUAAAAAAACGGCAUUGUUCUUGAAUUACGUGAAGUCAUGCCGCAAAUUACGACGGUAUAACGCAUGACUAAUUUGCAAAGAAGAAAGGAUAGCACGGAAAAAAGCGUCGGCACUGCAAUUAAGGCCGUUGCAAUCCUUUCGAUCGUCCCUACACUUUUCCACCUUUCACGACGCAUUCCUUUCGCGCGAUGGGAUCAGUUCAAAGCUGCAGAAGUUCGAUUUCGCGAUUAAUAUAGCGCGAAAUGUGCAAGGAAGUCGCAUGCGAAUCUAUGCGCAUUCAUACAAUAAAUGAUCUAACGCUUUUUUCAGAUAUUAAUAAGUUUAUACAACGAGUAUGAAAAGAAAUUAUAGAAAUAUUUUCUUAACAAGCUGCUAAUGUACAACUUUUUAUAAACUCAUAUUGUAGGAUGCCCGUUUUAAUAAUCAUUUUUCGUGCUGCAUCGCCGUAAUAUCUAAGCACUAAGUCUGCGUAAUCCGAUGAGCAUUCGCGUUUUAAAUCGUUGAGAGUUAUCGCAUGCGUUGCGCACCGCAAGAUUUUUGCAAGAUGGCACAUUAAAACUUAACGAUCUCAUCGCGCAGCGAAGAAGAUUCUGACGGAUAAGAAAAUCGGUUGAAGAAAAAGUCCGGAGUACGCUGGACGAUUCGCUUCAGCAGAAUCGCGCGCGCGACUGCUCGAUUUUACGACCUAGAAAGUCAAUUUCAGCAUCCAAGCAACUCGGGCAUCGUCGGACGUAAUCCGCGGAUCGUGGAUCGCCGGGCUCAAUGAGCUGUCGAGAAGACCGAUAAUAAAAUAGUGUUUAGAAAUCGAUGGGCGGAUCCGCGCACCGGUCUUGCUGCCGAUCGCUCGGCUGUUAGGAAAUUGAAAUUGUCAGAGGAGCUCGGAAAGUUCGUCACACUCUGCGCGCCGCGGGUCGUUUAGUUUUCAGUCGAGAAAAAAAAAUUACGUGUCAAGGAUGUAUCGAGAAUCUUAUCAUUAAGAAAUGAAAGGGCAAAGCGACGUUUAUCAAUUUUCUUUCAACACUGAAAUGUCUUGAAAGGUGCACGAAUCGGCGGAACACCUAUAUGAAACCACGCAUCACACGUUUAUUCUAAUAACGUCAAUUAAAUAAAAAAUAUAAUUAAAAUUUAUUUUCAUUAAAUUAGCGAGAAUUAUAUCCACUUUCUAAUUGAAAUCUCGCGGAACUGAUUCAGGCGAUACAUCACUGUUCUACAGAAGUGGAUGAGAGCUAGGAAGCUAUUUCUCCGCCUUGGAAACCGAUUUGCAAGAAAAAGAGAAGUUUCCCGUAAUUAUUAGUAUGUAAUUAUCACGCCGGAGGAGAGUUAAUUAUUAUUAAAUAACGACGGAGAACUGUCCGCGGACUUAACGAACUUCGCGAUGUUCAUACGAUCGCAAAUCCUAAUCAGUGUGCUAUAUCGCGCGUCGUCUUUAAAUUAAUUGUCACUCGGAAAUUAAAUAAUAAAGCGAGUGACGAUUUAUCGAUAACGAUUUCCACGUUACCGUUUUCCUUAUUAACUUGAUAAAUCUUAAUCCGGGAAGAAAAUUACGGGAAAGCGUACAUCAUCGCGUAUCUGAUGAUCGCGAUUUUUAAAAAUCGCGCGGAUUACUACUGACAUAUCCAACAUCGUAUGCCUUUUAUUGCUCGCAUUUAGCAAAAUAACGGCGGAGUAUGAUGCAGCGAUCUGCUCUGUUCGAUGUGCUCGAUAGCGAUUCGCGGGCAACGCAUCGGGAAGCGAUAUCCGCGCGCGCGUUUGCGAGCAAAAAACUGCGGCAAACAGGUAUCAUUCCGGCAUUCGAGCGAACGGUGCGAAAUUUCUCGAGGUUCCCAUCGUAGCGUCGGAAGCGUCUGAAGUGAAGAAAGGACUCGGAUCGAAACUGCGGCGCGGCGCCGCGCCGCAGCACGCAGUACCUGCAGCGUGGAAAAGCCGCGUGCUUCCUGCCGGCGAUGAUCGGCAAGAAGAGGCGAGUAAACGAGCGAAGUGCCUGGUGAACGUACAACCGCGGGCAAUCCCACACGAAUGAUGAUAUAUCCCCCCGUUUCCUGCGGACGGUCGCUGAAGACCGUACCUUGAGCGAAACGAUGUAAUCGUCUUCCGUUCGCUCGAGUCAGGUGCAAAUUUAUCGGCACUUUCUAGCCGAGCUCAGUGGCUCGUUCGAUACGCGAGCGCGCCGAUUCGGUGCAUCCGCAGGUGCGGAUUCCUCCGAGGGGCAUCUGUUGACCUCAGGAUCGACCCGAUCAACGCGGUAGCAAGAGCGUAACGCGUAAAGGUCAAAGGCGUAAGUGUGAGGGCCGAAGCGUGUGGAGCUAAAUGACUGUUUAUCUAUUUUGCAUGCGCAAAAGAUAGAUUUAUGCGCGAUACGUGUGUGCGUUUCGUGCGGGAUAAAUCCUGCCGACGUCUGCCGUACGUUGGGAUGCUUCGCGCGCACGUAUGCUUUAAGGAUCUCGCAUGUCCAAAGAUCUUGCAUAUUGUAGGGAAGAUUAUCUGGUCGAAAUCUCAUGUAGACAUUUUGCAUGUGCUAAAACUUCACACUUAUACUGUUAUCAUCGUUACGAGAGUUUUGCAUUCGUGGAGGAUUGAUGCGCGCAAGCUGCGCUAAGUCACGGCGCUAAAUUAGAAGGCUCGUGGUUUGAGUGGUGGAUUAAUAUAUCCUGGUCUUGAGAUUAUUAUUGCGUGAUAUUCUUUAUUGAAAUUAUUGAAAUCUAUUCAGAUUUAUUUUGCGCGUUAUUUUUAAGUCGCAAAAUUUGCGUGGUUUUUUCUUUCACGUGGAGUAUUUUUAGAUCCAAUUUCAAAAUUACUGCUGCCAACAAUA